CCCAACUGAGCCAGCAAUACCAGUAAAAUCAUGGAUCAAGCCUAUAUGGGCAUGGAAGAAAUAUCAGGCAGCAACAUAAAGUUGAGAAGGCUGGUAGAAACUUCAGAAGAGAAUUAUAUCGAUGAUGAAGUGAGUCAAACUGUGCAAUGUGAAACGACUGGACUUGGACUCCCAGAGUCUGAAUUUGUAAAGAAGAGUUACUGCAGAGCUGCUGUGGUUCUUCUGGGUCUGCUGUGUCUUUUCCUCCUGACUGGACUCAUAACUGUGGUUUUUCUCUUCACCCAAGGCAAAUCUCCUGGUGAAAUGGACACAGUGUUGCUACACAGUCUUUACAACAACUUGACCAGCGAGAGAAACCAAUUACUGACCAGUUACAACAGGCUGACAACCGAACGAGAACAGUUACUGACCAGUUACAACAACUUGAAAACUGAAAAGGACCAAUUGCUGACCAGUUACAACAACCUGACAACCGAACGAGAACAGUUACUGACCAGUUACAACAACUUGAAAACUGAAAAGGACCAAUUGCUGACCAGUUACAACAACCUGACAACCGAACGAGAACAGUUACUGACCAGUUACAACAACUUGAAAACUGAAAAGGACCAAUUGCUGACCAGUUACAACAACCUGACAACUGAACGAGAACAGUUACUGACCAGUUACAACAACAAAGUUAAAGAGAGAGACCAGCUCCAGACAAGAUUUGAAGACAUGACCAAAAAUAGAGACAAUCUUCAGAGAAAACUUCAGGAUUGCCAAGAACACUGGGUGGCCUUCAGUGAUAGUUGGUACCAAGUGUCUUCGGAGAAGAAAUCCUGGGAAGAAAGUAGACGAGACUGCCUUAAAAAAGGUUCAGACCUGAUGAUUAUCAACAGCCGAGAGGAACAGAAUUUUGUGAACCAGUUCAAGAAGUCUUUGUGGAUUGGACUGACUGACUCAGAGACAGACGGAAGAUGGAAAUGGGUGGAUGGGACUCGCAUGACCACAAGCUACUGGAAUAGUGGUGAACCAAAUGGUGGCAGAACGGAAAAUUGUGGACAGAUAAAGGUUUACGACUCGCAAAACAGCUGGAAUGAUGAAACAUGUUCCAAUAAACACUUCUGGAUAUGUGAGAAGAGAAUUUCUCCAUAACUUAACAUCCAUGCCCAACAAAUAGUGCAGAAAACAGAGCCAUGAGAUCAACUCCUGAAGUGAAGCUGAACAGAAAACAGUGGCCACUUAGGCUACGUCCACACAUACACGGGUAUU